UUUAAUUUUGUUAAAUUUGAUUUCUUUCGUUAAAAAAAGGUUUUUUUUUGUAAUUUUUUCAAAAAUGGAUCGACGUUUACCACCAUUAACUUGUGACAAUUGGAAUGAAUGGAAAAAAGAAUCUAAAAUCAUAUUAAAUCGUUUGUAUUUAUGGUCUAUUGUCGAUGAUGAUCAACUUUCGGAUAAACACAAAGCUUUGGAUGAUGCAAUCGUCGAAAUGAUUCUAUUUUCUAUCGAAGAUAAAUCCUUGAUGAUUUCAUUGGCAAAAAAUUGUUCGUCAUCAAAUAAUUUGUGGCAAAAAUUAUGCGAACAUUUCGAAUCCUCAGCAAGUGUUAAUAUUGAAACAAAUGAUGAAAUCGAAUCAUCUAAUUUUGCUGCUAUACAGAUCAAAAAGGAUACUCACGAUGUUCAAAUACAAUCAUCAUUGUUGGACUUAUCCGGAUCUCUACCCGAUGAUUUCGAAGAACUUUUUGCUCUUGUUCAACAAUUAGAAAUUAAAGUAAUUGAAACUUUGUCUGAAAUCAAAGAUGAAUCAUUGGUCAUCGAAAAAGGCAUCAGAAUUCGACAGCAAUUUUUGGAUUUCAUUGGUGUUGUCGAAAAUUUUUGUGUUCCUUGUGAAACAGAAACUAUUAUCACAUGUGAUUCUCCACGAUCUUCGAAUUUAAUUAAUGAUGUUUCUGACUUUAAACCACGUGAAAUUGAAACCAUUGAUGAAACUAAAUGUAAAUCGAAAAAGUCAAAACCAACAGUUUCUGAAUGUGAAAAUGAAAUAACAUUCGAAAAUAUCACGACCUGUGAAAAUCAAAAUAAUUUUUUGGAUGAUCAACAUAACAAAAGUAAAGACGAAGAAGUUAUUGAUGAAAUUUUGGUAUGUUUAAAAGAACCUACUGCAAAUGACACUGUAGUGGAAAAUGACUCAUCUUUUUUGAGACCUAAUAACGAGAAAAAUGAUAAUCUUCCCUGGUUAAAAACUAACGAUUUAAAUCUAUGGUCUCGUUUGUUGAUUCUUGAUCAGACAUUUUUGUCAAAAUUGGAUAAAUUUUAUUGCAAUUCUAGUGGUGAAUAUUGGCUUUUUGAUGAUGAUGGCAAAAUAUUCCGUUAUGGUCAUCAUGAUCGAAAUCGAGAAGAUUUUACUGAUAUCCAAUCACCAAUAUUAAUCAAUGAAUUGAGUAAUGAGCUUAUCAAAUCGAUUGUCCCUUGCUUUAAUUAUAAGAGUACUUGGUCUCUGAUUCUAACCCAAGAUGGACAGCUCUAUGCUAUUGGCGAUAAUCAGUAUGGACAACUUGGCAUUGGUAAUACAGAAUUUCAACAUAGACCAGUUUUUGUUUCGGGAAAUAUUCGUAAAGUUUCUUGUGGUAUAUACCAUGCCUUGGCGAUAACUAAUGAUGGAAAAGUGUUAAGUUCUGGCUCGAAUCAAUUUUUUCAAAACGGACACAAAAUAAAAAGUCAUGGUAAAUUAACACUUAGCGAAAUUGAUUCAUUUCGAAAUGAUCGAGUCAUGGAUAUCACUUGCACUAUUAAUGCUUCAAUAAUUAUGAAAGAAUUUCAUGAAAUAUAUCUGUUCGGUUCUUUUAAUCGAAACAUUUUUUUUCCACCAAAACUCAUCAUUUUUGAUUCAUUCAUAACAAGAAUUGUUGGUGGCCGAGAUGAAUUUCUUGUUCUUUCCAAUGAAAUGAAACAAAAUCAUGAUCGUAUUAGUGAACAAGCUCAUAUCUAUCAAUCGAAUAAUGAAUCAAAAUUUAUUAGUCACAAGAUCAAAUUUGAUUUUUCGGAAUCUAAAAUAAUUGCUGUUUAUCCUCAAAUUUAUUCCAGUAAUUACGUAUUUGUUACUGAGGAUGGCUUAUGCCACAUCAUCUGUUACCAGCAACCACGACAAAUAAUAACAACAAAAUUUUCAUCAGUACCCGAUGUUUUUUGUUUGUUUCUUUAUCCACAAACGGGAUCAAUUAUUCGUUUACCAAAAGAGUUGACCCAGAAUCUCGAUCGUAUUUCAACAUUGAACAAUCCAGGUGUGGCUGAUAUUAUUUUUAAAAUUCCAAAUUCAAAUGUAUUGUAUGCUGAACGUGAACGUUUAAGUGGACGUUCAUUUUUUUGGCACAACUCAUUCAAUUGCCAAUGGGCGAGCAAAUAUCCGGCCACUAUUCAUUUUAAAUAUUUGCCAUUCUAUCUUUAUUUACGUUUUGUUUAUGAAAUGCCCGAUUUGAAAAUGAUCAAUUUGUUGGAUUUCAUUGAAGAAUUGUAUGAUUUGGGCAGAAAAUUUGAAGAUGGUGAUUUUAUUCAUUAUCUUAAUAAUUUAGCCAAUCGUAAAGCUAAAAUCAAUAAUAAGCCAACUUAAAUGUUAAUUUUUUUUUCGAUUUCCGAAAGAAC